AUGACGACGAGAUCAUGCUUCUGUAUCGAGAGAAGAGCUGUAAACACCCUUGCCUACCUCUGUGAUGGUGAUGCAAGAACAGGAUUGAAUGGACUCCAGAUGGCUGUCCAGGCCCAGCUAACUCAGUUGCCCCAUCAGAGUAACGUGCAUGGCUCUUCUGCUAAUAGAAUAGUCAUAACAGAAGAUCACAUUAAGGAAGGACUCCAACGGUCCCACAUUCUAUAUGAUCGAGCAGGUGAAGAACAUUAUAAUUGCAUUUCUGCCCUCCACAAAUCUAUGCGAGGCUCAGAUGAAAAUGCUUCUCUGUACUGGCUUGCCCGAAUGCUUGAAGGUGGGGAGGACCCUCUGUACGUGGCAAGAAGAUUGGUGAGGUUUGCAAGUGAAGAUAUAGGACUGGCUGAUCCCUUGGCCUUAACGCAGGCAGUGGCUGCUUAUCAGGGCUGCCACUUCAUUGGAAUGCCAGAGUGUGAGGUCCUACUUGCCCAGUGCGUUAUCUACUUUGCCAGAGCGCCAAAAUCUAUAGAGGUGUACAGCGCAUACAGCAAUGUCAAGACGUGCCUAAGAAACCAUGAAGGACCUCUUCCGCCUGUUCCUUUGCACUUAAGGAAUGCGCCUACCAGGCUCAUGAAGAACAUUGGCUAUGGUAAAGGGUAUAAAUAUAAUCCCAUAUUCAAGGAGCCUGUUGAUCAGGAAUAUCUGCCUGAAGAACUAAAAGGGGUCAGCUUUUUUGGAGGGAGUAGAAUGUAAUGCUAACUGUGAUGUUCUUCCCCAAGCACUGUACUAACACAAGCACACAAUGUUAAUUAUGUAAUUUCUUACCAUUUUCUAAAACCUCUGCAUUUCCUGAGCUGAUAGUAUUGAAUCAGUUUGCUCAUAAGACAAUGUACUUUUUUUUACAUAUGCAUUGAUUUGGUGCUAUGACAACAGACUGUUUGACUGAGGAUGAACCUUUUUAUCCUAGGAGGAAGAAUAUAUACAGGAAACUUUGGACAUGACAUGUAUUAAUAUUGGCUGAACCCAUCCUGUAGUUUUAAGAUUAUCUGAAAUUAUUGGAUCGUAAACCAACAUAUACAGUUUAGAUAGCAGUCAGUUCUUCUAAAGUUAAAACAUUUCUGGCUAAAGUUAGGCACUGUUAACAUCUAUCUGUACGAACACACAGAUUAAGAAUGAGAAUAGCAGUCUCAAAAAUCAGUGGGGUUUAAAAGGGCUAAUUGUUUAUUGUUUCAAUUUACUUUAAAUUGUGAAAGGCGAACAAAGGAAAAAUGGAUGAAAAAAUAUUGCAACUAUAAUUUAAAUGUCAAAGUAUUUUCGAUAUGGAAUUUGUAAAUAAAGUUGAUUUUAAAGGUU